UCGAGAUAUUCCCAUAUCACUUUUCAUACGCCUAGCAAACAGUUCAAUAGAACUGAACAAAAAAUACAUUUUUUUCGCUUUUGACGAACGUAUAUUAUUUUUCAAAUAUUUAAAAAAAAAACACACAAAAAUUCAAGCUUUUUGCAUUAACACGAACGAUGAAUAAGGCGAAGGACGGUAUUCAACAGCGGAUGAGCCCAAUGCCGUCGUGCUCGGUGCGUUCGCCAGCCAACCGGGAGCGCCGUGCCGUGGUGGAGUCGUACGAGGGGCCGCAGAUGAUGCCCGAUGAGGCCAUGCUGCCGAUGCCGCCGCACAAUAUGGCGCGCAGUCCCAGCCAUUUGCUGCAGGACACUCAACAGUGGCUGGGUCGCUGGCAGAUCUUGUUGCGCAUCCUGAAGCGUCGUAUCUGAGGGAUCCGAUCCGUUUUGUUAUUGUCAUUUUUAACGUUUUGUUGUUGCGCUUUGCCCCAGUUGAAGUUCCUUUCUGAUAAAUCCCAUUUGAUUCCAGUUUCUAAAUGUUUAAAAUGCAGCUUUGCAUUUGAGCUCGCGUUACAAAUUGAUCGAAAAGUGCUCUCCUGUAGGUAUUGCCCAGUUUUAAAUGGUAUAAUAAAGUUCUACAAGUGCAUUUAUUAGGCAAAA